AUGCUCUCCCCAGCGGCAGCGCGCACUCUGCGCAUGUCGCGCCCAGCACGCAACGCUCUACGCCUCCGCAUCCACCCCCCAAGAUGCCGCUUCAGCACCUCCCCCCGCCACAACAUCAUGGAAACAACCGGCUUCACUUCCACCCAACUCGAAAUCCGCGACGCCAUCUUCGCACUCUGCUCCCGCUUCCCCAACAGCUACUGGCGCGACCGCGACGACACCAGCAGCGACCCCUCAGAUUUCCACGCCGCGCUGGCGAAAGACGGGUGGCUCGGCAUCGCUUUACCAGAAGCAUACGGCGGUUCUGGCCUGGGUAUCGCAGAAGCAACGAUGAUGAUGCAGACGAUUGCCGAGUCUGGCGCUGGCAUCGCGGGCGCGCAGGCGAUCCAUGCGAAUGUGUAUGCGACGCAGCCGCUGGCUAAGUAUGGGAGUGAAGAGCAGUUACAGGUAACGAUACCGAGGAUAAUAUCAGGGGAGUGGCGAACGUGCUUUGGGGUUACGGAACCGGAUUCGGGGUUGGAUACGCUGCGACUGAGUACGUUUGCGAAGAAAGAUGAGGAUGGGAAGGGGUAUAGCAUAACAGGCCAGAAGAUAUGGAUAACAUGUGCGCAAGUCGCGUCUCGUAUGAUCCUACUCGCACGCACGACACCACGGGAAGAAGCGGAGAAACCUAGUAAAGCGCUGAGUCUAUUUUGCAUUCCGCUUGAUCGGUCAGCGCCUGGCCUGGACAUGCGACGCAUCAAAAAGAUGGGCGGGCGCGCCGUCGACGCAAACGAAGUCUUCUUCGACAACUACCAUAUCCCAUCUUCAUGCCUCGUCGGCCGCGAAGGCGAAGGCUUCAAAAUCAUCCUCGGGGGCAUGAACGCAGAACGGUGUCUGCUCGCAGGCGAAGCCCUCGGAUUAGGCUACGCGGCCCUCACAAAAGCAUCCGCGUACGCUAACUCACGCCACGUCUUCCAGCGGCCUAUCGGCAUGAACCAAGGCAUAUCACACCCCCUCGCGGACGCGUACAUGCAGCUCGAAGCCGCGAAACAUGUGACGUACCAUGCGGCGCGGCUGUAUGAUGCGAGUAAGACGGAUGCGGGUAUUAGGCAGGAUGCGAUUGGGGUCGCGGCGAAUAGCGCAAAGUAUCUUGCGGGUGAGGCGGCGUUUGCGGCGUGUGAGAGGGCGGUGCUGGCGCAUGGGGGGAUGGGGUAUGCGGCUGAGUAUGAUGUGGAGCGGUUUUUGAGGGAGUGCUUUGUGCCGAGGAUUGCGCCGGUGAGUAGGGAGAUGGUGUUGAAUUAUAUUGGGGAGAAGGUUUUGGGGUUGCCGAGGAGUUAUUGA